CCGUCCGACAGUGCGAGACUCUUUACGGCAGAUGAGAGGGUGCAGUUUUGUGGUGUUGACGACAUAUCGUACGACGGACAUUUUCGGGCCCGGCUUGCCCGAGUGUGGGUCGCGGAACACUCCCUAGACUGGUCGCCAUUCAAUUAGGGCACAUAGGGACAAACAAGAACACAAAUAACGGACUGCUCUGGUCGCCUGUCAUUUUCAAAGUUGAAUCGGCACCGAAAUGUAUGCGGGCAUCUCUACUCGUUUCCGCUUCAACAGCAUCCAUCCAUCCAUCCAUUUUGAACACCGCUUAUCCCGGUUAGGGUGGCGGGGCGCCGGAGCCUAUCCCAGCUGACUUCGGGCGGAAGGCGGACUACACCCUGAACCGGUCGCCAGUCAGUAGCAGGGCACACGGACAACCAUUCGCACUCGCAUUCACGCUGUCACCGAGUGGGGACUGAACCCACGCUGCCCGCACCAAAGUCAGGCGAGUGGACCACGACACCAUCAGUGACCCACUUCAAUAGCAUCUGAAUGAAGUUGGGGAUUUUAUGGACGUCAAGCGUUUUCUCUCCGUAGGCGCAAACGAUACAGAAAACGCUUAACGACAAUCAAAAUCCAAACUAUUGGGGCAAUCGUUCUGAUUAGACUUUACACCGUUUUUAACGGGCUGAUCGGUAUCGGCGGAUAUUUAGCAUUUUACGCUGAUCGGCUUUGUCAUCAUUGGCAGAUCCGAUCAAUGCGCAAAAGACAUUUACUCCGCGUCCAACAGCUAGUUUAUUUUUAGCCUUGUCGCGUGUCUUUUAACGUAGUACUGUAAAUAUCUGACGGCCAAUGAAGUUAUUUAUAAAAAAAACCCCAAAAAAACAUGUUGGCGAUGUGGAACAGGCAACACGUAAUGCCCGGUCGGAUCAGACGACAAGACAAAUUUGCUCUUUCACGAUUGCACUAUGUCAGACUACUGCAAUAAAAUCUUGUAUUCCGAUACCACCGCAUCCCGUUUUUUACGAUCACCGGGCUUUAUCUUGUCAACUCAAAUGUGACGGGAUACACUCGUUACCGUGGCGACGACGACAACAAGAGUGGAUCGCGCCGACUGUAUGAUAAGGACAAAAUGGGGAAAAACGUGUGUUGGUGGUCACCGGUGCUCAGGACAGGAGAGGACGUUCGUUGAAGGCUCGCUUGAGCCAAUCUCGGUUCUCCAUCCUUACAGAGGCUGAGCCCGCUAUGCCGUCACGUGAGCAACCCUGGCCCCCCGCCCGGGACGGGCCAGCGGACACCGAUGCGGGCGAGUCGCACCGCUGCCGAGUGUGCGGGAAGCCAUUUGACGGAAAAGGUUUUCUGAUGAAGCAAGUGGACAAACACGCCGAGGACGGGGAGCCCGCGUGCGGCCUGUGCGGCGAGGGCCGGGGCUCCGGCGACGCCCCGCGGCACCGCCUGCAGACGCACCGCGACAGCGGCAGGACGUGCGACACCUGCGGCAAGAAGUUCCCGUCCAUCAGAGCGCAAGAAACGCACCGAAGGCUGCACAAGGGCGAAAAACCGUUCUGGUGCCACGUGUGCGGGAAACGAUUCAAGCGGAAGGGAAACAUGAAGGCGCACGCCAGGAUGCAGCACAACCCCCGCACGCAGAAACCUCAGACUCCCCAGAGUACCACCGGCACAGAUGACCACAGUCCCAUGGCAACAACGGGAGCGUACCAGGACCAGGCCGACAGCAGCAAAGGAUGUGCACAAGGAGACCGCUCUCAGCAGCAGGACGACCACCAGGACGCUGACUUGUCUGGUCGCGGCUUGGAGGACCGCCUUCAAGAACGCAGUCCAGAUCACGAUCAGGAUCAGGUUCAAAACGGUGUUGAAGAGAACUUUCAGGACUGCCUUCAAGACCACGUUCAGGAUCACAUUCAAGACGGCAUUGAAGACGCUAUUCGGGCCCGCACGCCGAAGUGCGUCGGCACCUUCCUGGACGCUGACCGGUCAAGACGCAGCUUGCGGGACUGCUUUGAGUUCCACCUUCGAGACCGCCUUCAGGAGCACAUUCAGGACGAUGUUGAAGACCGUGUCCGGGAAAGUGUUGAAGCGCCCGUCCAGGACGGCGUUCGGGACCGCGGGCCGAAGCGCGUCCGCACCUUCCGUGACGAGACGGUCCCCGCGAGUACGCCGCCGGCUUUGUUGUGCAAAGAGUGCGGCAAAUACUUUCCUCGUAAGAGUUCUCUGGAUCGCCACGAGAGGCUGCACGCGGGCGACAGGCCGUUCAUCUGCGAGUUCUGCGGAAAGACCUUCGCAGAGAAGGCGGUGCUGAAGCGGCACCUGAAGCGGCACACGGGCGGCAGGCCGCGCGUCCACGGCUGUGACGUGUGCGGCAAGAAGUUCACCGUGAGCCAACACCUGCAAGUGCACAAGAGGAUCCACACGGGCGAGAAGCCGUACGCCUGUCGGGUGUGUGGCAAGAGAUUCCGGCAGGCGGGUAACCUGGACGCGCACGCCAAAAUCCACACGGGGGAGAAGGCCUUCAUCUGCAGCCUGUGCGGCAAGAGCUUCCGCCAGAAGAUCUCGCUGGAGACGCACGAGCGCUUCCACAGGAAGGACAAGGUCUUCGGAUGCCACGCCUGCGACAAGAGCUUUGUGCAGAAGGUGGACCUCAAGAGGCACAUGCUAACGCACUCGGGCGAGAAGCCGCACGCUUGCCGGAUGUGCGACAAACGCUACCAGGAGAAGCGCUCACUGGAGGCGCACAUGAGGGUGCACGCCGUCGUGACCGACAGCUCCUGCCGCUCCUGACCAUUUCCCGCAACUUUGAGGCGGGCCGACAGUCCUGCCGACGAUGACGUCGUCAAUGGCGCACCAGUAGUGUUUCAAAACAGUUUUUCAUUUCACUCAUCAUGACGCAACGAUAUAGUCCACUAUUCCAAAAUCCCUUUGUGUUGAACCCCCGGUACCCGCAGAGCAUAGAGACCAAAUAGUGAAAAUAUGAACUUUGACCUCACUGUACGUACUUGUCUACUAAUACCGCACGUCAGUGAUUGUGAAAGUGUGGUACGAGUGCUCCCUCUAGUGGUAUGCAAAUCAAUCACUGCCGCAAGUACAGUUCAGUUGUAUUUAACUUUAAGUUAAAUACAUUUGCAUUUAAAUCUUUAAGACGUCUGUUUUUAUACUUUUAUGUCGGCAAAAGUUUUAUUGACCUUUUAUGUGCAAUACAUUUUCAACUAGUCUUUACUUAGGCAGUGUAUUGCUAAAAUGUUAAGUUUUUGCCUUUAUUCCUGUAAAAUUACAUAUUUUACCUCAUAUUUUGACUUUGGACUAUUUUUCCUGUCGUACAACAACUUUAUUGUUGUUUAAGUCGGGUUAUAUUUUUCCUCUGUCAUAUAUUUUUGGGAUAUUUCUUGUAUUUUGUCUUUAUUCUCGGAUCAUUUAAAAAUGUUUAUUUUAUUCCGGUUAACCGCUCUUUUGUUUUUCCCUGUCAUAUCACAACUUUGUCCAUAAAUGUUUAUUUUUUUUUUUUACUUGUAAUUUAUGUCUUUUUGUAAUUUGAAGGUUUUCCACGUAAAUUUUAUUUUACUGUUGAUAGGAAAAUGUCUUAUUUGUCGUAAUAUUACAACUUUAGGAAUUCAACUUCUGUCUCUUUUUUCCAAAAUAUGUAGGCCU